AUGCGAAGAACCACUCAACAAGCUCUGCGUGGCCGGGCUUGUGCUCGCGUGCAGCCACUGACCACUUCGUCAAGCUCGGCGCGCCGUGCUUCGACGCUGGGCCGCUUUUCGCCAACGGAGCCGCUCGCCGUGGGGGACUGGUCGGAGACGCACAAGGUGUUCGGCACCCCCGAAGUGGCGCAGUUCGCCGCGCUCUCGGAGGACAUCAACCCGAUCCACCUGGACGCCGCCUACGCCGAAAAGACUCGCUUCGGCGCUCGUAUCGUGCACGGCAUGCUCUCCGCCUCCCUCUUCUCGGGCAUCCUCGGCAGCCAGAUACCCGGUGCCAUCUACGUCUCGCAGAGCCUCUCGUUCAAGGCCCCGAUCUACGUGGGGGAGAAGGUGACCGCCAAGGUGGAGGUCACGGCCAUCCACCCCUCCAAGCCCUUCGUCACCUUCACCACCAAGUGUCUCAACACCAAAGGAGGAGUGUGCAUUGACGGUGAAGCGGUGGUGUACAUUCCCCACCAACACAAAAACAAGAACAAGGACAAGAGCGAUGGCGACAAGCGAGAAGAAUGA